AUCUUUUCACUGCACUUGGCGGAGCAUUUUACUGCCCUCGAAGGACACAGGAAUGUCCGUGGCUUAGUUUUCUGUAGCCGGCUUGAUAUUUUACUGCAUCACCAUGAACGCCAUAUCUGUGUCUCCCUGUUUGACAGCCGCACCUCUUGGCAACAAGCGGCUGCGUGGCUCCUGGGAGGAGGAAGAGGAGGAGGAGGGAGGAAGGUGUACAGCGUGAAGGAAAAUGUUUCAAAUAGACGGACGAGCAGAGAAGAAGCAGACUGGAGAAAAUCUCUAGGAGCGACGACAGGUGUUAUUGAAGUUCUGGUGGAAAUGGAACAUAUUGGGACAAAGUUCUGGGUCGAGCUAUGGGAAAAAAUGACGAGUGAUUCUUGGGCAGGCAUGAGGAAGUUUAAAUCAGACUCACAGUCUGGAAGCUCCAAUAAGACACAACAGCCCAUCCUGGACGUCUCCAAACCGUCUAAAAACACCUCAGUCCAACUUGAAUCGGCGUCUUUCCAUGACAGCAGUCCUAUUGCUGCAGACGAUGGACCAAAGGAAACUCAGCAAAGAGAGACCAGACAGAACGAUGACGACGGAAACCUGGACUAUCACAUCGGCCUUGUGUUGCAAGACAGAUAUGAAAUUUCUUCCACCCUGGGAGAAGGAGCUUUUGGGAAAGUAGUGGAGUGUAUUGACAGAUACAGAGGUCAGCGUGUGGCUGUAAAAAUUGUGAAGAAGUUUGAGAGUUUCUGUAAAGUUGCGAGAUCAGAGAUCGCCGUGCUUGAGGAGAUCAACAGCCUGGACGACGACAACAGAUUCCCCUGUGUGAGGAUGCUGGGCUGGUUCAAGCAUAAAUCCCACAUCUGCAUCGUUCUGGAGCGUCUCGGUCCCAGCACCUUCGACUUCCUGCGACAAAACGACUUCGUCCCUUUCAGUGUGGAGCAGAUCCGACACGUAGCCUUCCAGAUCUUCAGAGCGGUCAGCUUUCUGCACCGUAACAAGCUGACACACACAGACCUGAAGCCUGAGAACAUUCUGUUUGUCAGCUGUGACUGUGACAUGGAGUUCAGCCAACAGACGAACUGUAAGCACACAAAACCAUGCAGUCUAGACAUCAAGGUUGUGGAUUUUGGCACCGCUACCUUUGACCACCAACAUCAUGAGACUCUGGUGUCGACACGGCACUACAGAGCACCAGAGGUCAUACUGGAUCUGGGCUGGAACCAGUCAUGUGACGUGUGGAGUCUGGGCUGCGUUCUCAUCGAGUAUUACCUCGGACAAACACUGUUCCCUAGUCAUGACUGUGGAGAACAUCUGGCCAUGAUGGAGAGGGUCCUGGGACCGAUUCCACCCCACCUCCUGAAACAGACCAGGAAGAAGAAGUUUGUUAAAAAUGAGCGUUUGAACUGGAAUGAUGCGAGUUCCUCUGAAGAUGAUAUUGGGAAACACUGCCGACCUCUGAUGCAGUACAUGAGAACAAACAGUGAGGAGGAGAAGCAGCUGUUCGACCUGCUGGGCUCCAUGCUAGAGUAUGACGUCAGCAGGCGGAUCACUGUGGAAGAAGCGCUGUGGCAUCCGUUCUUCUGCCCACUGAGAACACAGCAGCAACAGGAGCAGCAAUCAGAGCAGCAACAGCAGCAGCAACAGGAGCAGCAACAGCAGCAGCAACAGCAGCAGCAACAGGAGCAGCAACAGCAGCAGCAA